UAGAUACAUUAUUUCCCCCCCCCCCACAGUGUUUCCUUUUUUUUUCUUUUUCAUUUUACUUGAAAGACUUUCAAGAAAUAGCUUUUACCAUCUUGGUUUCCAACUUCUGUUUCUGCAUCUGGGAUUUGCUUUCUGGAUCAUCCUUCAGUCAUCAGAUGGAUCAAAUCGUUAACGUGAAUGAGUUUCAAGAGCUGGCCAAAAGGGCUCUCCCAAAGAUGUACUAUGAUUUCUAUAGCGGAGGAGCAGAGGAUCAACACACCCUCAAAGAUAACGUGGAAGCUUUCACUAGAAUCUUGUUCCGGCCUCGCGUUCUCGUUGAUGUGAGCAAGAUAGAUAUGUCUACCAGAAUCUUAGGUUACCCUAUCUCAGCUCCAAUAAUGAUCGCUCCAACAGCAAUGCAUAUGUUAGCUCAUCCACAAGGAGAAACCGCCACUGCGAAAGCUGCAGCUGCGUGUAACACUAUCAUGAUAGUAUCAUACAUGGCUUCAUGCACUAUUGAGGAAGUUGCUUCCAGUUGUAACGCUGUUCGGUUUCUUCAAAUAUAUGUGUACAAGAGACGCGAUGUAACUGCUCAAAUGGUGAAAAGAGCUGAGAAAGCUGGAUUCAAGGCCAUUGUUAUGACUGUUGAUGUUCCUAAACUUGGCAGAAGGGAAGCAGAUAUAAAAAACAAAAUGGUAUCCCCACAGCUGAGGAACUUUGAAGGUUUAAUAUCAACCAAAGUCAUACCUAGUGAAGGUUCAGGGGUUGAAGCCUUAGCCGCUAGUACGUUUGAUGCUUCGUUAACUUGGAAGGACAUAGAAUGGUUAAGAUCUAUUACAAAGUUGCCGAUUAUGGUCAAGGGGAUACUCACCCGUGAAGACGCUCUUAAGGCUGUUGAAGCCGGUGUAGAUGGAAUAGUUGUAUCCAACCAUGGGGCUCGCCAGCUUGACUAUUCACCAGCUACUAUAACUGUUUUAGAGGAGAUUGUUCAUGCUGUUGGAGGGAGGAUUCCGGUUUUGCUUGAUGGAGGUGUGAGACGAGGAACAGAUGUUUUCAAAGCGUUGGCACUAGGAGCACAAGCUGUUCUUAUAGGGAGGCCUGUGGUGUAUGGGCUUGCAGCAAAGGGUGAAGAUGGAGUGAGAAAAGUGAUUGAGAUGCUGCAGAGUGAGUUGGAGUUAACUAUGGCUCUUUCUGGUUGUCCCACCAUUGAUGACAUCACCAGAAACCAUGUUAAGACUGAAAAUGAGAGACUUCACUCAAUGCUCUGAACUUCAAGAAGAGAGAUGUGGAAAGGUGAUUACUAUGCGUGGACUUUUGCAUGAUGUUUUUAUUGUUGCUUAUUUUGAUAAACAUAAAUUGGAUUUUCAAAAAGAGUA